AUGGCUUACAACAACUCCAACAACGGCUACUCCAAUGGCUUCGGUGCUCCAGGCGCUUCGUUCGGCAAUCGCUCUCGGUUCAACUCUAAGAGACUGAGCGUCGCAUUGCCACCAAAGGUCAACCCCAUCAGCGAGAAUCAGGUUGACGAGAACCCGACUCCGCGCACCAGCCGUUCCCACCUGCUUGCAGGUCUUCGUACGCAGCCGAAGACUCCUCAGGUCCCGGCUUCCGCUCCUUUUAAUCAGACCCAACAUCAUGCCCAAGGCUUCGGUGCCAACAAAUGGGGUGGUGCUGGCUACGACGGAUACGAUCAAACCACGCCUCAGACUGCAACUGGCGCUGGUUUUCAAAUGCCACACCAGUACUCUAUGAAUGCUGGAAGACAGGUCUACGCUCUUCCAGAGCAAGUCCUUGCCCCGCCAACAUUGUACGAUGAUGGUGAGGAUUUGGAUCCCGCUGUGCUGGAAGAGAUGCAAAUGCGCAGCUUCUACUUGGCGCAGCGGCAGCAGCAACUCCAGCAGCAGCUUGCUAGCCUCACUGCUUCUGCCCAGGGGUUGAACCUGAACACUCAAUUCGCUCAGAACCAAUACCAGCAUGGCCCGAUGACGCCGCAAACCCCGCAGAACAUGUACGGCAACCAGCAAAUGCAAUCUCCGAUCGAAGUACAGCCUGGUGUCUACCUCGUCUACAACCCUGCUAUUCAAGGUUACAGCUACGCUUACGAUCAAAGCAUGCAACAGCCGAACGCGAUGUCCCCAGUCCAGCAGGGCCAGACCUUCAACUCGCCCCAGGCUUUCCAGCCGCCGACACCGACUGUCAGUGUCACACCACCAGCCAACGAGACUUCGAACCCUAUGGGGUUCCGCUCGUUUUCGCCUCCUAAACAGACGCCUUCGCCACCGUCCGCUUUGGAGCACGUCGAGCCAUUGCCUCCGCCGUCGAGCAACGCCUUCCGCCGCGGCCAUGCCCACAAGAAGACUGCUUCUCUAUCUAUCAACCCAUCCGCUGAGGGUGUCGCAAACGGUCCUUACACGAGCUCCAAUGCCACGUUCGGCUCACAGCGUACCACUGUGCCUGCCGGUCCCAUGACUGGAACGUUCGGUCCAGGCGCUGCACGUAACGGCGAGCACCCAAUCCGUCAGCCGCGUGGCCCACCACCGCUCGACGAGCUCACUGCUCUGCCAACCAGCAACCAUGAAGGCAGCAAGAACUUUGUCACCCGCCAGCGUCGCCGCGCCCUCGACAGCCUUGUCAAAGCAGGCAGCAGCCGCCGUGGCCUCUCCCGAUCCUCCACCGGCAGCCCAGUCAGCGAACGCGAGCUCAACUUCUCCAUCAGCGAGGAGGGCGAGGACAACACCUCCGUCACCAGCAACGGCAGCCGGAAGAUGAGCCCAAUCGGCUCGGAAAGGCAGACCAAGCGCGGCAGCCAAGGCUCCGACUCUGGCUACUUUGGCCUCAGCUCUGCUAGUAGCAGCGAGGCCGAGGACUCCGGUGCCUACAAGCUGCCGCCGACUCCUGCAACGCCGAGCGGUGGGGAGAGGAAGAAGAUGAUGUUGGGGUUGGUGAACGCCGCUGAGAAGCGUAGGAGCUUCAUCGCUUAA